UUUGUGAAUCUUCACACGAGACAGCACCCACAAACGCACACAGACAGAGCCAUGGCGGAAUACUACGACAUGUUAGGAGUCCGGAGAAAUGCAACGCAAGACGAAAUCAAAAAAGCUUACAGAAAAUUGGCAUUGAAGUGGCAUCCAGACAAGAACCCAGACAACAAGGAGGAAGCAGAGAGACAAUUCAAAGAGCUGUCAGAGGCGUAUGAAGUUCUCUCAGAUGAAAGUAAGAGGAGUAUUUAUGACAGAUACGGCAAAGACGGCCUUUCAGGAGGAGGAGGAGGAGGAAGAGGAGGAGGAGGAGGUCAUUACAAUCACUAUGACGGUUGCAGCUUCACAUUCCGUAAUCCUGAGGACGUUUUCAGGGAAUUCUUUGGUGGCAGAGAUCCUUUUGCAGAUUUGUUUGCCGAAGAGCCUUUUGAUUUCUACAGAGGCAACUGCAGUCGCCAGGGGGGAACGGGUCACACCAGGAUGGGCGGCCCCCUCUUUGCUUUUGGGGGCUUCCCAGCUUUCGGGCACGGCUUCCCAGCGUUUGAAACAGGUUUUAGUUCGUUUGGAGAAAUGGGCGGAGGAGGCGUCACCUCCUUCUCCUCUUCGUCCUUUGGCGGCGGCGGCGGGGGAGGAGGGAUGGGUAAUUUCAAAUCAGUGUCGACCUCCACAAAGUUCAUCAACGGCAGAAGAAUUACAACAAAACGGAUUGUGGAGAACGGCCAAGAGCGAGUGGAGGUGGAGGAAGAUGGCCAGUUAAAAUCUCUUACAGUUAAUGGUAAGGAGCAGAUCCUAAGACUGGAUAACAAUUAAAUAUCACGCCACGAGAUUUGAUCGACACUCCGUUUUCACACCUGGAAAAAAACAAAACUGGCCGAGUGACGGUGUUUGCUACCGACGGGUCGGUCUCUCCUCUCUCUGUCUUCCUGCGUCUCAUUCCUGCAAGAACACUUUUCUCAUUCCGGCUUUAGCUGCAGGUGGAGGCACAAGAGACGUUCAGUGUUUGUAUAUUUGUAUUUGUUCCACCAUCACAGGGGAGGGGACCAGCUUUGCUGCGAUUUGUGCUUUUUGUUUCCUACAAUAAUUGAAUUGUACUUUUACCUCCGCCACAUGCACAAGGCUGCGUUUGUGCUCGAUAUAGAUAUAAUCUUUUUUUUUGCCUGUUGAGCUGGAUAUUUCAGGAGACGCCGUACACAUGGACUUCCAAAUCAUUUCUGCUCUUCUCACUUGAACAGUUUCACAAGUGAACGAUAAAAGCUUUACCCCUCGGCCCAAAUUUUUCUUUAACUUGAAACUCACCUUGCUAACCUGUUAGCUUUUUACCAUGACCAUGUGUGUGUAACAUGAAUGAGACAUUAUUAAUAAAUUAAUCUGUUUGCAUAUUUGAGAGAUGUUUUUUUGCGCAUGAGGCUGAUUCCAGGAGGCUGCUUCGUAGUUUCACUGUAACUCUGUCAGCAGAAUGUGCACUUUCACUUUAAUACUGUCACCGGAGACACAGGGAACAACUUUUUGCCCUUUGUUGAA